UUAUCACAUACAAACAGAAAGAAGGAAGAAGUUUUAUACAUAUACAUAUUCAAGAUCAAGAAAAACAGUAGAGAAGAGGAGAUGACGAUCUCAACAGCAAACCCAGCACCAUUGAUUGUUUCUUUUGGGGAGAUGUUAAUAGAUUUUGUCCCAGAUGUUGCUGGUGUUUCCUUGGCAGAAUCUGGUGCCUUCAUCAAGGCACCUGGCGGUGCUCCUGCUAAUGUUGCUUGUGCUAUCACCAAGCUUGGUGGUAAUUCUGCCUUCAUUGGCAAGGUUGGUGAGGAUGAGUUCGGACACAUGCUUGUGAACAUCUUGAAGAAGAAUGGUGUGAAUUGCGAAGGAGUAUCCUUUGAUCAGGAAGCAAGAACGGCAUUGGCUUUUGUGACACUGAAAAAGAAUGGAGAAAGAGAAUUCAUGUUCUACAGGAAUCCUAGUGCUGAUAUGCUGCUGAAGGAAUCAGAAUUGAACAUGGGUUUGAUUAAGCAGGCAAAGAUAUUCCAUUACGGAUCAAUAAGUUUGAUAUCAGAGCCAUGCAGAUCUGCUCACAUGGCAGCAAUGAAAGCUGCAAAGGCAGCUGGGAUUUUGCUUUCUUAUGAUCCAAAUGUAAGAUUGCCACUUUGGCCCUCUCAUGAGGCUGCUAGAGAUGGAAUUAAGAGUAUAUGGAAUGAAGCUGAUUUCAUAAAGGUAAGUGAUGAUGAAGUAGCCUUCCUGACACAAGGAGAUCCUACAAAAGAAGAAGUUGUUCUUUCACUGUACCAUGAUCGCCUCAAGUUGCUUAUUGUCACUGAUGGAGAAAAGGGUUGCAGAUACUUCACUAAGAGUUUUAAAGGAAAGGUUUCUGGGUAUUCAGUGAAAACAGUAGACACAACUGGUGCAGGUGAUGCUUUUGUUGGUGCACUUCUGGUUUCUGUUGCCAAAGAUGCUUCAAUUUUUGAGAAUGAAGGGAAAUUGAAAGAAGCAUUGACAUUUGCAAAUGCAUGUGGGGCAAUUUGUACAACUCAGAAAGGAGCAAUUCCAGCACUUCCAUCAACUUCUGAUGCGCAAGCGCUCAUCAAGUCUUCCAAGGCCUAAAUUUGUCCUUAGAUUUACAUGUUUUUAUGGUUAUGUUGGAAAUAAGUUUGUCCAUUCUUUUAGUUUUCUCAAGUAACAUUAAUCUUAGUGAGAAUUAAUCUCUUCUAGUUUUGCUUUAGUAUUUUCUUAAUGCUCCUACAUUCUUUGUAUAUCUUACUUAGGUUUUGUUUGGGCAUUACAUCGUUAUUGUUUCUAUUUUAAAAAAUUCAAAAUAAAAUCGAUAUAAUUGAUUA